AGUGAUUUCACUGAAUAAAAGCUGAGAUUUAGACAAGGUCAUUUUUUGUAGUCAAACAAAACAAUAAAUAGUAGAAUAAUUAAUAUAUUUAUAGUGGAUUUCGAUAAAAUAUGCUAGGACAUUAUGAAACAAAAAAAAAACAAAACUUGUAAAAUCUAUGUGUUGAACUAGUGUCUUACGAGAACGAUUUUUUUUGCCGAAUUUUCCCGUCCCGUUUGCCGCGGGCAUUGGAAAUGGGAAUUUCCGUAAAUAAUUCGAGAAUGAAAACAUGAGAACGAGAACGACGGUAAAAAGUGACGUUCCAGAAAAUUUUUGUUUUUAUUUCAUAUCUAUGAGAAUAUAUUUAUGAAGACCUUUUUAUUUUUAACCUAAUCAAACUUCCAUACUUACAAGCGCAUGUGCAAGCAGAAAAUUUUUUCCUAGAUAAAAGUCGAGUUCACAUACUCUUUUUUUUAUAAGAACAACUUCGACACCAUUCGACUAUCAACAUAGAUUAGAAGUACGAUUAAAUCUAAAGAGUAUAAUCAUCAUCAUCAACUAACUACUAACUACACAUGAUUAUGGUGGCCUGUGGAUAUACUAACAAAGACUCCCAUCCACACCGACAUCCUCGUUAAAUAAAUCAAUUUCAUUAUAUUUAGGUCAAUCGAUGAUUACAUACUCAUUCAAAGGAAUAGAGAGAGAAAAAAAAAUCUUAUUCGAAUGAUUAUCCAUUGAUUGAUCAUCAAUUAAGAUAAUAGAAAAAAUGUAUCAUUAUUUCUAUGGAGGACAUCGGUCAGAUAGAGAAUAUUUGAAUAUAUUGACAUCAAUGAGAUAUAGAUAUAGAUAAUCAUCGAAUAUUCAUCUAUUCAAUUGAAUCAUUUACCAGAUGAAAUUCUUAUUUAGAUUUUAAAAAAAUUCUCUAAUGCAGAAAUAGUUUAUUCUUUAUCAUGUGUCAAUAAACGAUUAAAUAAAAUAGUACAUCACUCGAUUUUUACAAAUGAUUUCUCUCAUUUUAUGUCAACAUCGGAUGGUUUUCUUUAUUGAUUAUCUCAUCUAAUACUUGAUCGAUUUUAUUGACAUAUUUUACCUUCGAUUGAUAAAAAAAUCGAAUGGCUUCAUCUUGAAUCAGUUUGAAUGGAAGGUAUUCUUCAUGUUAGAAAUAAUCCUUAUUUAUAUCGAAUUAGUUUAGAUAAUAUUCAAUAAAAAAAAGGUAUAGAUCUUUUUACUAGUAAGAUUUUUUUUCUAUUAUUCUUUCAAUAAUAGACAUGAAAUCUAUAAACGAAAUAAAUUCCUAGAUAAAUUUUUCGUUUCAUUAAUUAGAUAAUAACAGUUAUGUACUUAUAUAGAAAAAAAAACUACGUAGAUAUUAUCUCCAAUUUAAAGUUUCAAAGAAAUAUUUCAAAAAUAAAAUCUCGAAUAAAAUAGAUAGUUAAUAUAACAUUUGAGAUACAAUAGAAAUAAAUAAGUCUAAAGAAAAAAAAUUAAAAAUAUUUCAAUAAUAUCAUUACUUUAAAAAAUCACUAAAGCAUAGAUAAAUAUAAUCAUUGAUAUAAAACGAAUUUUUGACUCUUAUCAUUCUUUAGAUGAAACGUUCCAUAAUUCCUUAAUUGAAUAAUAAACUUUUAUCAGUUACUAUCGAUAUUAGUAGAAAGAGAAGAGAAGAUUAUCUACCAAACAAUAAUGGAAUUAUAUUUAAUCCUAUCGUUUACUAUCUUUACUAAUUUACAAUAUUGAAAUUUUGGUUGAUCUUCAAUUUCCGAUCAACGAUUAUCCUUUUGUUUUAGACGUCCAACUAUUAUUUAUUAAAAUUUCAUUGUCUUUAUUUACUUGAUGGAGAUUUCAAUCAACUUCAUAGACUUCAUGUUGAUCUCUAUGUCAUUGGGUAUUAGAAGAAAAGAGUUAACAAGAUAGUUAAUUAUUUUUUCAAUUAAUAUCUUAUUUAAAUGAAUUAAUAAUAUUGUUUUUUCUUCUAGGAAAAACUAGCUCGUUUUAAAUCCUUUUGGCUACACUCGAAUGUAGAAAGAUUUUUUUAUCAUGAAUUUGUUUUACCACUUUUACAUCGAAUAACAAAUAUCGAAAAGGUUGAUUUCUAUAUUUAUGUUGGUGAAAGAAAUAAAUUUAUUGAUAGUUAUCAUUUCAAGAUGAAUAUUAUUAAUUCUAUGACACAAUUAAACAAAUUCACAUUUUAUAUUUGUUCAUUAAGUAGAUUUUAUAAUGAUAUUUAUUUACCAUCAAAUGAACAUAUUCAAAAUAGAUUUACUCACUUUAAUCAUAAACAAAUUAUCUAUUCGACUGAUUAUUUUCCAAAAGUAAAAAAAGUUUAUUGUCAGAUUUAUUCAUAUCGAUAUCAACUGAAAUAUUAUAAUAAAAUAACAAAUAAUUAUCCAAGUGGAAUAUUUAAAUAUGUUGGUCAAGUUGAAUUAUAUGAUCAACGUCCUUUUCAAUAUCAAUUUUUCCUUCGAAUUCAAAAAUAA